AUGCCUCCCAGAAUACCGUGCGGUAUGGCCACGAGAUCCGUGUCGCUGGCGACGUCGUCUUCUGGCCAGUCGUGGUGCCGGACAAGGCCGGCCCUUGGGCGCACAUUCACGAUGACGCCGUGCCACGAAAAGAUGAGCCGCGCACGGCAGCAGAUGUUCAAGUGGAUCAACUCGCGUGAAGGCCAGGAGUUCGCCGAGGGUGGCCGCGGCCCGCGGUACCUGGGGCCCUUUUCGGACCAACCCUUUCCGCAAAAUCCCUUGUUCCGCAGCCUGCCCGUCCUGGACGAGCAAACGCGAGAGCUCAUCUGGGAAAAGGUGACGAAGCGUGGCGAGGCCCUCAAGGUCGUGUCGGCCGAGCUCGGCGUCGACGUCCGGAGGGUCGCCGCCGUGGUGCGGCUAAAGGAGGUGGAGAAGGAGUGGGUGAAAGAUGGCAACAAGCUAGCCAUCCCCUAUGCCAAAGCCGUCAUGAACAUGCUCCCGAAGACGUCGUACCGCGAGGGCGAGCAGAACACGCCGCACGAACCGGUCAACGAGGUGCACGUGCACAAGCUCACGAUGCAACAGCUCUACGUCCCCGUGGCCGAGUCGCGGCACUUUACCCGCGAGGACGCGGCCAAGGCAUUCCACGAGACGAUGCUCUCGGCCGACGCGCGGUCGCCGCAGCCGGAGCUGAUAUCGAUGGAGCGCGAGGUGCUCGCGGGCAAGAGCCGCGAGGAGAGCAUGGAACGGUUCAAGGAGGCGACGCAGAGGGAGGAGGACGAGGUGGCACGACGGCUCGUCCGGCGGCAGGAGUGGGAGGAGAAGCGGACGAAGCGGGUGCGGACGGACCGGUACGAGUUUCGGUUCAAGGAGAUUGACGUCGACGACGCCGGUCGCGACGGGCGAUCGAGGAAAGGGGUGGGAUGGCGAUACGGCGCACCGUUUGAUGACCGCAAGCGGGGCGUCGUCAAGAUUCCCACGUCGGUGCCAUGA